GCCCUUUGUCUCUGAACAUCACCUACUGUUUCUUCUGCAAAUAGACUCUUGAAACCCUUCGGAAUAUACCUGUAUAUCAUUUCAAACGUUUACUUAAUCCCUAGCCGAGCUUGUACAAAUUUACAAAUCAUGGCCCCAACGGCGAGCGAAAUUGUAGUACACCACCUGAAUGACUCACGUUCACAGCGUAUACUAUGGCUUUUGGAGGAGCUCGGAGUGCCGUAUACCAUCAAGAAGUAUCAACGUACACCCAGCCACGUUGCGCCUGAAGAAUUGAAGGCGGUCCAUCCGCUUGGAACAGCCCCAGUCAUCACCGAUGGCGCGGUGACAUUGGCCGAGAGCGGCGCUAUCAUAGAGUAUAUCGUCCGUAAAUAUGGAGACGGGAAGGUACGACCUCCAGCAAGUGGUGAGGUUGAUGACUUGUACUACACUCACUAUGCGGAGGGCUCCUUUAUGCCUCUCAUCGUGAACCGAUUGAUAUUGAGUAUUCUUGUGGACAAAUCUCCAUUUUUCAUCCGUCCUGUCGUCAGCCUCUUGGUUUCGCAAAUCGCCAGUAGAGGCAUAGAUCCUCGCCUGAAACUGCAUACCAAGAUGAUCGAGGAACACAUCGUUGGAAGUCCCACCGGAUGGUUCGCUGGAGGCGAGGGGCCAACCACUGCAGACUACAUGAUGAUCUUCGCACUGGAGGCGCUGUCCAAGCAGAGUCCGGAGCUGCUGGGGCCACAUUCGAAGGCCUACGUAGAAAGGGUUCACAAUCGACCUGCAUACCAGAUAGCCAUAGAGAAGGGCGGUGAAUAUUCAUUUGCCCGCUUGUAGGCGGUCCAAAGGAUUGAGCGCCCAAUAAUACAUUAUUGUACACAUUGGACGGUGCCGGACCGAUUCCUUGCAGCACCUAUGGUUGCCUUGGCGAGAGCUAAUGAUAUUGUACUUCUGCCCUUG